GGUUGGGAUUGGGUGGGAGGAGAUCCGCUCGCACACACGAGGAGGAGGGUUGAGCCGCCGCCGUCGUCGUCUCGAGUGCGGAGUCGGGACUGGAGCUGCCGCUGCCGCGACGCCAAAGAUUCUGUCACUAGUUCCCGGACCUCCUGCCUCGCCGCCUUCCCUGGGUCAGUGCUGCCUGCUCCUCCCCAGCCUGUCGCCCCCCACCUCCAUUUCCCGCUCUCUCUUCACCACACACACGGCCCCCCCGAUCAUGGAUCCAGGCAGUGGUGGUGGCGGCGGUGGCGGCGGUGGCGGCGGGGGGAGCAGCAGCGGCAGCAGCAGCAGCGACUCGGCGCCCGACUGCUGGGACCAGGCGGACAUGGAAGCCCCGGUGCCGGGCCCGUGCGGCGGCGGCACCUUGGCUGCGGCGGCCGAGGCCCAGCGGGAGCACCUCAGUGCGGCCUUUAGCCGGCAACUCAACGUCAACGCCAAACCCUUCGUGCCCAACGUCCACGCCGCCGAGUUCGUGCCGUCCUUCCUGCGGGGCCCGGCCCAGCCGGCACAACCCCCAGCGGGCGCCGCCGCCAACGACCACGGAGCCGGCAGCGGCGUGGAAGGUGCUUCGGCACCUGUGGAAUCCUCUCAAGAGGAACAGUCGUUGUGUGAAGGUUCAAAUUCAGCUGUUAGCAUGGAACUUUCAGAACCUGUUGUAGAAAAUGGAGAGACAGAAAUGUCCCCAGAAGAAUCAUGGGAGCACAAAGAAGAAAUAAGUGAAGCAGAGGCAGGGAGUGGUUCCCUGGGAGAUGAAAGGCCACCAGAGGAAAGUGCCCAAGAAAUGAUGGAGGAGGAAGAGGAAAUACCAAAACCUAAAUCUGUGGUUGCACCGCCAGGUGCUCCUAAGAAAGAACAUGUAAAUGUAGUAUUCAUAGGGCAUGUAGAUGCUGGCAAGUCAACCAUUGGAGGACAAAUAAUGUAUUUGACUGGAAUGGUUGACAAAAGGACACUUGAGAAAUAUGAAAGAGAAGCUAAAGAAAAAAACAGAGAAACUUGGUACUUGUCUUGGGCCUUAGACACAAAUCAGGAAGAACGAGACAAGGGUAAAACAGUAGAAGUGGGUCGUGCUUACUUUGAAACCGAAAAGAAGCAUUUCACAAUCCUAGAUGCCCCUGGCCACAAGAGUUUUGUCCCAAAUAUGAUUGGUGGUGCCUCUCAAGCUGAUUUGGCUGUGCUGGUAAUCUCAGCCAGGAAAGGAGAGUUUGAAACUGGAUUUGAAAAAGGAGGACAGACGAGAGAACAUGCAAUGUUGGCAAAGACAGCAGGUGUAAAACACUUAAUUGUGCUUAUUAAUAAGAUGGAUGAUCCAACAGUAAAUUGGAGCAAUGAGAGAUAUGAAGAAUGUAAGGAGAAACUAGUGCCAUUUUUGAAAAAAGUUGGCUUCAAUCCCAAAAAGGACAUUCACUUUAUGCCCUGCUCAGGACUGACUGGAGCAAAUCUCAAAGAGCAAUCAGAUUUUUGUCCUUGGUACAUUGGAUUACCAUUUAUUCCAUAUCUGGAUAAUUUGCCAAACUUCAAUAGAUCAGUUGAUGGACCAAUCAGGCUGCCAAUUGUGGAUAAAUACAAGGAUAUGGGCACAGUGGUCCUGGGAAAGCUGGAAUCAGGAUCUAUUUGUAAAGGCCAGCAGCUUGUGAUGAUGCCAAACAAGCACAAUGUGGAAGUUCUUGGAAUACUUUCUGAUGAUGUAGAAACUGAUUCUGUAGCCCCAGGUGAAAACCUGAAAAUAAGACUGAAAGGAAUUGAAGAGGAGGAGAUUCUUCCAGGAUUCAUACUUUGUGAUCCUAAUAAUCUUUGUCAUUCUGGACGCACAUUUGAUGCCCAGAUAGUGAUUAUAGAGCACAAAUCCAUCAUCUGCCCAGGUUAUAAUGCGGUGCUGCAUAUUCACACCUGUAUUGAGGAAGUCGAAAUAACAGCCUUAAUAUGCUUGGUAGACAAAAAAUCAGGAGAAAAAAGUAAGACUCGACCUCGUUUUGUGAAACAAGAUCAAGUGUGCAUUGCUCGUUUAAGGACUGCAGGAACCAUCUGCCUUGAGACCUUUAAAGACUUCCCUCAAAUGGGUCGUUUUACCUUAAGAGAUGAGGGUAAGACCAUUGCAAUUGGAAAAGUUCUGAAACUGGUUCCAGAGAAAGACUAAGCAUUUUCUUGAUGACCCUGCACAAUACUGUGAGGAAAAUUGACUGCAAAAGCCUACUUUACACCGCCUUCUCUUAUUUUCUGCCCAUUGAUAAACCUCUCCCCAUAUUUUGCAGAGAAAAUUCACAGCAAAAGUCCACAUUAUGUCAGCUUUCUCAUAUUGAGAGCUCUGCUAUGCCACUGUUGAAAUUUUCCCUAGAUUUUUUUCCCCCUUUCAAACUCUGCUUCCUUGGACAGAUUUGGCAAUAGCUUUGUAAGUGAUGUGGACAUAACUGCCUACAAUAAUGAAAACCAACAGGAAUUUUUUAUUUUUCAUUUUCCCCUUAGGCAUAGUCUUUUUUUUUUUUCCCAGGCUGAUCAUUCUGAGUGUGGGAGUGUGUGUGCACAUGUUACAAAAACAACUACCAUGUUAAUAAAAUACUCAAUUUGAAACCCUUUUCGGUAUUUGAAUUGCUUUUGAAUAAUGUUUUUUAUCUGAAUGUAACAUUGUUGCAUUAGCUUUUUAACUUUCCCAAGUAAUUGAAUACAUUUUAUUACUUGGGCUUUUCUAAACUCUUUCCCUACCCACUACUUUAAAUGAGGCAUUUACAAACAAUGUUCAAGUUUGUAUUAAAGGAAAGAAUUAGUUUGACUUCUUGUUUUGACGGUUAAUGCACACAUAAAUACCUUUAUGCAACUGUGACUCUGCUGUAACUAGGUCUUAUCAGUUAUUUUCCACCAAUUUAUAUUUUAACAUGAUUUGUUAAAUACAGUAAGUUGUUAUAAAAACUACAGUAUGCUGUCAUAUUUUAAAAGUAAAGCUUAAUGAAAUUGUACCCCUACAGAAAAUUCCAUUAACUCAUUAAAUUAGUGGAAUUUACAAUAAAGAAAGCAUGUUGAGACCUGGCAAAAAUGCCUACUUUAGUAUUUAUAAGAGUUGCAUGCAUCUAGUAUGAAAACCGUGUCAAUUGCAAGUGCCAGUUCCUCAAGUUACUCAGUUUCCGCUUUGUAUUAUUUGUUGGAUGAUCCCUGCUGGUUAAAGGUAAAUCUCAACCCCGCAAUGAAAUGAACAUAUAUUUAGAAUCAUCAGAAUCUGCACAGACUAAAAGUAAGUGAUAAAUAGAAUCAAGCACAGUGUAAGUUUUAUCAAAUAUUAUUUGAAAUUGAGUUUUCUUGAGUAUAAAGCUAAAAUUUGCUAACUGUGAUUUGGAUGAACCACAGUACAGCAUUGUGGUGGUUUUAGACUGAAGGUUGAUUUUCUGCUGUCACUAUCAUGACUUUGAAAUUUUUCAUGAGUAUAAAUGGGGAGUGGAAGAGACAGUUUCUGGGUUUAUUGGAAUCCCCCUUGAAUAACUGGCCUGUUUUUAGAUUGUGAUUUAUCUCUAAAUAAGAUAAUUUGUAUAUUUAAUGGCAAGUCCCUUCCCUAUAAUCUUGCUCCCCAGAAAAGAAAAGCCUAGUCAGACUAUUUCCAGUCACAAAACAUAAAACUUAAUUUAAUAGUGUUUUCUUAACUAUGGAAUUUUCCCAUUCCUUUUAUAAAUGAGUCUAUAUCUUAUGGACAGAAAAAAAUUGUCCUACAGCUUCUUAUAACUAUACUAUGGCUAUUUAAAUUGCAUGAAGUUUAAAUAAAUUGUAUGUCUGUACAUCUCUGGGCUUUUAUUUUUCUGGGAAAUAUCAGAGCUUUCAUCAGAACAUAAUAAUUCUUUUUGUACUAACAUGUUAAAUACUAGCAGUACCUUGGAUUUAAAUCUUUAAAAGGUUAAGAGUCACUGAAAUUAUUUCCAAAGAUAGGUUUCCCUUUUUAAAUUGAACACAUUUUAAAGAGCCAAUUAUGUUUGCUAUUAAAAUAUUUACACUGUUAGAUUAUGUGCAUGUUGCCAAGCUCUUAAGUAAAAUGACUUGGAUAUCAACUGUGAAGGGCUUACCUCUAAAAACUAACAGAUAAUAAAAAUACAAAUGCUAUUAUAAAAAAAUUUCAUUGGAUUCUUGCAGAUUUGCAAGAUUAGAUUAUUUAAAAGACACUUCAACAUUAAAAUGAACCAACACCAUACAUUUUAUGGGCUUUGAAAUUAAGCCUACCCACUUAAUUUGAUAAAUUAAUUAAUUUAAGUUGACGCAUUUAAAAUUCCUGGUUACACUGGCUCUCAUUUGGAUAAGGAAAUAUCUUAAGUGAACUGACAGGGUGUGGAGAUGUUGGACCUCUAAAGAGCAAUACUAAUUACUAUCCUUUGUAAGUGCAAAUGUGUUCAUAUGGUUGACAAUGCAAAAAUUAGGUAAUUGGCUGCAUAUUUAGGCUAUUACAAGACUUAAAUAUUUUUUCUCUAUCUUUAGCAUAGAUAUGUUAGUAUUGUGAUUUUCUUUGCAUAUUUUUACAUUAAUGAUGUUCUUUGUACAAGUUUCAUGCUAGAUUAUUUAUAGUUUUUUAAAUUAAUGAACUGAAGUUAAGAGAUGUCAUUGAAAUAAUCAUCUAAGUAAUUUCCAUUUUAAACCUUUCUUACUGUGGGAGAAGGGAAAAUACAGCAUUUAUUUCUUGUUUUUAAUUUGCAGAAAGAACUUAUCCAAUGAAAAUCUAUGUAAAAUCAAACCAAAAGAGUUGGACUGAGUGUUAUAUUGCUAUGAAGUUGACAAAUAGGAAAGUGUUCUUGAUUAAUAAGCCCAUGUAUAUUUCUUUGUUUUGAAUUGAAAAUCUUGAAAUAUGUGGUAAUUGAAUGUAAAAACUUUAUACAGGUUGUUCACUGUACCAAGAGGUAAAACUUAUACUUGUCUGUUAGUUACAUAAACUACAAGAACUGCUUUUACAAUACAGUGCGAUUUUGAAUGUGAUGUACUUGAAUAAUUAAUGGCAUCCUCAGCUGAAGCGCUGCAAAUAUUUUGGUUCAUACUUGCAAGCAGAUGCAGUUUUGCAACCCAAGAAAAAGUUGAACCUAUGGUCAAAAACUGCUCCCAGGACGAACUUUUGAAAAAAAUCGGCUAACCUCCUCUGCGAUCUUCCGGAACACUAGUUGUGACUGUAAUUAGUCUGUGAUCUUUGAUGACUAUUACAUAUGACAGCACUCUAACACCUUUACUCAUUGGCAUGGACCUCUUCAUGGACUGCUACUUCAUGGAUGAUAGCUUCAUUGCUUUGGGUAGGGAUUUAAGGUAGUCAAGAGACAAAAACGCAGUUUUUAUUGUUAUGGCUUUUAACAUCAGGCAACUUUCAACCUUUAAGCCUUUUGUGAAAAUGCUGGUUAUAGCACUAUAGCUCUGAUUGUAGGAUGAUUAAAUUUUAAAUUCAGUGUUGGCCUACUUUAUCAGAACAAACUGUGCCAUUAAUCCUCUCACAGAUAUAUGUAAGGUAGAUAACAAUCAACUGGAUUUGGGGGAUGAUCACCUGUCUCCAAAUAAUAAGGCUUUUGUUUCCUCCAGCUAACUUUUUCAGUGAUUCUAGCAGAUGCCAUCUGAUACAUUAAUAAUCUUGUCCGCUUCUUUAGAGAACUUACCAUGGCAGCAACUUGUUAAGUAAGUGUAAUUACAUAUGUACAACUCAAGAGUUACUAGGUUUAAAUUUAGCAGUCAGUUGUUUAUAUUAGACUUCACAGUAAAUGGAAUAGGAAGUGUUUUUAUUUUUCAGUACUAAUUCAGUGGAUUCCAUUUGAACCAAUUUACUGCCCAAAUGGAUAGAGUAGAUUUGGUUCAACUUUUGAUGGUUUUGGCUCUAGGAUAUUCUUGAUUUUCAGUAUCCUAGAACUUACUGAGUCUUCCCUUCAAUAAAUACACUUCUCACAUACCUCUAAUCAUAUGCUUCCUUGAAACAAUAUGCUGAGUUGUUUACUAAGGAUUAUUAUAAGGGCCUGGAGGUAUGGGAGUGGAGAUUAAAACCUUUAUGUUUCCAAUAUAAGGGGAAAAGCAGAUAGGCAAUAUGUCUGAUUAGGCAGAAAACACCAGGAUUCAAGUGACCCUUGAAAUGGUAAUCGUCUUUUCUGCCUUGUCACACAUGCCACUGUGCCCUUUUAAACAGUGCGGGAACCUCAGGUUUGUGGACAGAACAGGUGGAAUGACAUUUUGUGCUUCCUGAGGCUCUCCUCUGCCAGGCACAUCAAC